GUUAUGACUAAAUUUCAUUUUUAUUAAUGUAUAUAUGUUCAAUAAUUAUUUCGCCUUUUAUGUGCAGGGAUUGAAGUGAUUAAAAAUGAAAGAAUCAUUUUUCUCAAAUGUUCGUGAGUUGCUAGCAGAUUAUGCACAACGCACUGUCACUCGCAUAAACGAAUUCCCAACCCUUUUAGAUUCUCUCCAAAGAAACUUGGACUCGUUGAUUGCGAAAGAAUCCGAUGUUAAGGACCAAAUCAAACUCGCGGAGCAAUCCGGUAAACGGAAAAGGAAACGAGAAGUCGAGAAUUGGUUAACGGAGGUACAAAACAUCGAAACUAAAUUGCGUAGUUUGGAGAAUGAAUUACAAUCACAAGGAUUCGUUAGCAGGUUCCUUAUCGGAGGUGAAGCCGAAAAGUUGAAACAAAGAGUCGAUGAACUUGUUGACCAAAGUCAACAUUUUGGCGAACUUGUGCUUCACGUUUACGAAAUCCGUGGGGAGGCAUUCUCGAUAACUAAGAUGGUAGGUAAAUUAUUUGAGGAAAAUGUGGAGAGAAUAUGGAGUUUUUUAGUGAAUGAUAAAGUUUCGAGUAUCGGGAUUUACGGUAUGGGUGGUGUGGGCAAGACGACUUUGACGAAACACAUCCACUACCGACUCAUAGAAACUCAAGAAAGUGUGUUUUGGGUAACAAUGUCUCGAGAGUUUACCGUAACGAUGUUACAAGAUAAAAUUGCCGAUGUUAUAAAGUUGGACCUUUCGGACGAGUGCAAUGAAGACAAACGAGCGGCAAGAUUGCACGAAGCUCUACUAUCACUAAACGAGAAGUUUGUCUUAAUAUUAGACGAUUUAUGGGAAGGUGUUAGUUUGGAGAAGAUGGGAGAUCCUCUACGCGUGGACGGUUGUCAAUUGAUUAUAACAACCCGAUCGUUGAAUGUUUGUCGCCAAAUGAAUUGUCAAGAAAUUAUCGAAGUGGAGACACUAGAUACGGAUGAAGCGUGGGAGUUGUUUGGUGAAAUACAUGGUCGACAAACGACACUAAAUCCACAAGUACGAGAGAUUGCAAAGUCUAUGGUGGCAAUGUGCGACGGUUUGCCCCUAUCGAUAAUCACCUUAGCCGGAAGCAUGAGGGGCGAGACCGUAAUUCAUGCAUGGAGAGAUGCAAUGGAGGAGCUACGAGAAUCCGUUAUGGGGGGCAAUGACGAUAUGGAUGAUAAGGUUUUUAAAAUUAUUAAAUACAAUAUCGAUCGAUUGGAUCCGAUGUUACGACUUUGCUUCUUGUGUUGCUCUUUGUAUCCACAAGAUCAUAAAAUCCCACGAAGCGAAUUGAUCAAGAAUUUCAUUUUAGAGGAGUUUGUGGACGGAAGAACGAGUAUGAAAUCACAAUUCGAAAAAGGCCAUUCCAUACUCGAUAAAUUAGUGAGUCUUCGCUUACUCGAAAGUACUCGUGUUGUUGAUGAGCGUGAUAGUGUGAAGAUGCACGAUCUAGUAAGAACCGUCGCCCUAAAAAUUACCGAAGGUAAAACUAAAGUAAUAGGCGGCCAUUGUGUUUUGAAGGAAAUUCCGAACGAAGAAUUAUGGUCAACAGAUCUCGAGACAAUUUCUUUGAUGCAUAACGACGUAAACGAAAUUCCGAUUGGAGUAUCUCCGAAUUGUCCUAAUCUUUCGACGUUGCUUUUACAGAGGAAUCUACACUUGCGUUCUAUAGCGGAUUCGUUUUUCUCACAAAUGCGGAGCUUACGCACUCUUAAUUUAUCCGAAACCGAUAUCGAGGUAUUGCCCGAUUCUUUAUCUAACUUGGAGAGACUUAAAGCUUUAAUCCUAGAAAACUGCGCGAGUCUCGUGUACGUGCCCUACUUAGGAAAGAUGAAGGAACUAACACAACUAGACCUUUCGCAUACAUCAAUCAUGGAAGUUCCUCGUGGAAUGGAAAAACUCGUCAAUCUCAAAUUCUUAUCGAUGAAAAAUGCGUACAAUAAGUUGGAGAUUUUCCCAACCGGUUUAUUACCGAAUCUCGAAAAACUCCAAUGUCUCCAUAUUCCGUACGAAGUGGUGGCACCGAUAGAAGACAUCGAGUGUUUGCAACAACUUGAGGAGUUCGAAGGGCGAGUGAGAAACGUGCAUGAUUUUAAUCGGUUCGUUAAAUAUCGAGAAAAUAGGGUGCACUCUGUAAGCUAUUGUAUCGAAGUGGGAAACGAGCAUCUUGGCGAUGAAGAAGAAGACGACUAUGCAGACUCUGUUGAGUGCCUGGGCUAUACUACUGUGGUUUUCUUCAAAACAGAUUUUUCCGAUGAAGAAAUGAUUAUUAUAUUGCCAAACGGAAUUGGAUUCGUUAAAUUUUACGAGUGCGAGGGUUUAAGCAACUGCUUUUCGGACGGCUUCGAAAUUCCAAGUUCGCUUCACACUUUGGAAAUCAAGAAGUGUGGAAAAAUAGAAUGUAUUCUGAAAAACGAUCGACAUUCGGUAGCUCUCGAACACGUUACGCUAGCCAACUUGCCCGAUUUUAUGGGUGUGAUUCACAAGCAAAAUAUAGAAGCUGCAUUUGUGGGACCGCCUCGACUUUCGUCCCUUAAAUCUCUUUGGAUUUCCGAGUGUAACAAGAUGAAGAAGCUAGGGUUACCAGCUUCGGAACUUCCGAACCUAGAAACACUCUCAAUUAAGAAAUGUUCGGAUAUUGAAGAGAUAAUAGAAGACGCAGAAGAAGGGGGAAAUAUUCCCACAAUCUCUCUUCCGAAAUUGAAAUGGUUAGAGCUAUACAAGCUGCCAAGAUUGAGAAGCAUAUGCAACACAACGAUGGUUUGCGAUUCAAUUCAUAUGAUUAGUUUGUCGAGCUGUUUGUUGUUAAAGAAAGUGCCGUUGUAUUUUCCUAGAGAUGAUGAUGUCAUUAACGAUGGACUAAUUUAUUCUGCUCCGACGACUCUAAAAGGAAUCGAGCUAGGCGAAGACGAGGAAAAAUGGUGGGAAUCGUUGGAGUGGGACCAUCCUUCGCACAAGAAUCUCGUACAACCGUUGGUUACGUUCGAGAGUUCAUCUCAAGUUUUCUACUAUCUGCAGCUGCAGGUGUUCGUUCUACUUGGAAUUUUUAAGAGAACAUUCCAUGGAAUCGAGAAAAUUAUGUUGGAUUUAACACCACAAGGGAUCAUCACUGUAGCUGGAAGCAUGAGGGGUGUGACUGCAGUUCAUGCAUGGAGAGAUGCAAUGGAGGAACUACAAGAAUCUGCUACGGGGAACGACCGUAUGGAUGUUAAAGUUUUUAAAGUUCUCAAGUAUAGUUUUGAUCAAUUGGUUCCAAAAAACGAGGACGGAUACAGGGAAUUACAACAUUGUUUUUUGUAUUGCUCAUUGUAUCCGGAAGACUAUCUCAUACCGCGACAGGAAUUAAUCAGAAGAUUCAUUUCAGAAGAGUUGGUCGACAAAAGAAAGAGUAUGAAAGCACAAUUCGACAAGGGCCAUUCCGUACUUGAUAAAUUAGUGAAUGUUUGUUUACUCGAAAGGUCUCGUGAUUACGAUGACCGUGAUUGUGUGAAGAUGCACGAUCUAGUAAGAACCAUGGCCAUGAAGAUUACCGAAGGUAAAUCCAAGGUAAUAGCCGGGUUUUACGACCAUUUGAAGGAAAUUCCGAGUGAAGAAGUGUGGACGAAGGAUCUCGAGAAGAUGUCGUUAAUGCAUAACGACAUAAAGGAAAUCCCCGAUGGAAUAUCUCCCUAUUGUCCUAAGCUCUCAACAUUGCUAUUGAGUUGGAAUGUCGAAUUGCAUUACGUAGCGGAUUCGUUUUUCUCGAAAAUGCAUGGCCUACGCACUCUCGAUUUGUCUUACACCGGUAUUAAGGAGCUGCCGGAUUCUUUAUCCGAUUUGGAGAGUCUCAAAGCCUUGAUCCUUGGGAAUUGCAGUAGUCUUGUACACGUAUCUGAUUUGGGAAAGAUGAAGGCACUAAAGGAACUCGACCUGUCGUUUACACAAAUAACGGAAGUACCUCCAGGAAUGGAAAAACUAGUCAACCUCGAAUUCUUGUCGUUGCGAAAUUUCUAUCAGUUGAAGGUUCUUCCCACGGAUUUUAUAUUCUACCUCAGAAAGCUCAAGUGUCUCUAUCUUCCGUAUUACGUAGAGGCACCGAUUGUGGAAAUCGAGAUGUUGAAAGAGAUGGAGGAGUUUGAGGGGCGGCUCAAAGAUGUGUGUGAUUUUGACCGAUUUAUUCGAUCUCAAAAUAGUAAGGGGCACGCCGUUUCCUACCGUGUACAAGUCGGGAAGGUAAACUUUGAAGCGUUUAAAAACGAUAUGAACUUCAGCAGUGUGAUGUUUAGCUCGGCAGACUUUAAGACGACAAGAGAGGAGAGAGAAGUGGUUACGUUAUUGGCAAGCGACACCCAACGAUUAACAUUCCACGAGUCCGAGGGUUUAAGCAAGUGCCUUUCGGAUGACUUCAACAUUCCCAAUUCUCUUCAAAUCUUGAAAAUCGAACUCUGCCACGGAAUAGAAAGUAUUCAGAAAAACGAGCAAUCGAUCGUGUUUUCGUCUCUCAGAAGGCUUAACAUUUUUUACUGUAACAAGAUGAAGAAACUGGGGCUGCUAGGGUCGGAUUUCCCGAACCUGGAAGAAAUCCGUAUCAAAGGCUGUCCAGAUAUAGAAGACAUCAUAGUGCAAGCAGUAGAAGCAGAAGGUGAAGAAAACGUCUCUCUCCCCAAGUUGAAAACGUUAGAGUUACGUAACCUCCCGAGACUGAAGAGCAUUUGUAAGGCAACAAUGAAUUGCGGUUCCAUCGAGAGAAUUGAGUUAUGGGGAUGUCCGUUAUUAAAGAAAGUGCCUUUGUAUUUUCCUAGAGAAGUAGUCGUCGAUGGACAAACGAAUUAUUCUCGUCCGCCGUCUCUUAGAGAAAUCAAGCUACUGCAAAACGAGAGAGAAUGGUGGGGAUCGUUGGAGUGGGAUAAUGCUUCACACAAAAAUCUCCUACAACCGUUUAUUAGGUGUAGUUAAUGAAGUACUUGAUCUGAGACCAUUUCUAACAAAGUAGAGGGGUUCUCUGACUCUUGUACAAGUGUGACCAUUUUUAUGAUAUUUAUUUGGCCAAUGUUAUUUGUUUUGUUGAUUUUGUUGAUACAAGUCAAGAUACCUCAAUUUAUUAUGCAAUAAUAAUAGCUUAUCAAGUCCA